AUGGAAGCCAAACUCAACUGUCGCAUUGGUGAACUAAAACGACUAAACAGAUUUAAUGAAGGUGCGCACAAUUGGAUUAGAGCCGUAGCAACAAGAUGUUCUGUACUAUUCUGUCAACCAAAAGUUCAAAAAAAGGUAUGCCUAAUUCAUUCAGUGAUCUCCACUACAAAUAGCUACAAUUAUAACCUAUCCAAAUAUAUGACUGAUCUAUUAGAAAACGCAAAAGGUAAGUCGACAUCUCAUAUUAAAGACUCGUUCAGUUUCUCAAAACUAAUACAACAACAAACACCAUCCAAGAACGACUAUAUGAUAAGUCUUGAUGUAGAAUCUUUAUUCACAUCAAUUCCUGUUCAUGAAUCAAUUGGUUUAGCAAUUGAAACUAUUUUACAAAAGAAAACAAAUGAUCCAUCAAUUACAAAGUUGGAUAAAAGAGAAUUAAAACAACUAUUUGAAUUAUGUGUAAAAAAUAUGCCUUUUAGAUUUUACAGCGAGUUAUAUCAACAAAUUGAUGGAGUGAGCAUGAAGUCCUCAUUAGCCCCUGUUCUCGCUGAUCUUUUUAUGACACAUAUUGAAUCGAAAUUAAAAGAUUUUGAAGAUAGUCAUAAAAUUAAAACAUAUUAUCGUUAG